AUGGAGGCGAACACGGACAAAGUGGACCCCGAAUUCCUCUCUCAUCUGCCCUCCAGGGUGAAGAAAUUGCGACAUGGGAUAGAAAUUGCCGCGGUGUCUGAGACCGAAUGCCAGAACAUACUGAAAAACUUUGAGCGCCAGCUGGCUGAGAUCAGCGCUCUUAUGUACCAGCGGCUGGACCAAUUUGGCGAGGUAUUUGUGGCCGUUCUAGCCAUCAGAUUUCCUUCCUGUAUGCAGGGUUCUGACUCGCUUGCUUGGCUUGUAAUUGGAGUGUGGGUGCUUGUACUGACCGUUACCUCCCCGCUUGUGCAAUAG